GUACAUCAGCUGAUUCUCCCACUCUUCCAUUUUUCAACAGACAAUGUAUACUGGAAUUCUCACCGACUAGAUAAUAGAAUUGGUUACGUCGUCGUACUCAUUUUCCAUAUUGUCAACAAAGAAAUCAUCGUACACGAACAACCAAAGCAUCGUAAAAGCUAAUGGCAGAUUAUGAAAUUGUCAAAUCGAAAAGCUGGUUUUGGGAAUGGUUUAGCUGGUCUGGCUCAUCUUCAACUAUGUUACGUGCUGCGGAGAAAAAAAUUCUUUCUUGUUUGAGAACAGCAUAUAGAGGAUGGUAUGUGGAUAUAGGACCAGUUGUAGGAACAUCAGAUAAGAUAUGGACCAUUUCUUUGAAUGAAGAAUCAACAAAAACACCAAUUGUCUUAUUACAUGGUUUAGGAGCAGGCGUGGCAUUGUGGUGUUUAAAUCUUGAUGCAUUGGCUUCUCAAAGGCCAGUAUAUGCUAUUGACAUAUUAGGUUUCGGUAGAAGUAGUCGUCCUGUUUUUAGUAACGAAGCUCAAGAAGCUGAAAGUCAAUUAGUUCGCUCUAUUGAGGAAUGGAGAAGAGAAAUGCAGUUAGAAAAAUUUGUACUGUUAGGUCAUUCAAUGGGUGGUUUUCUUGCAGCAUCAUAUAGCAUGCAAUAUCCCGAAAGAAUUAAACACCUGAUUCUUGCCGAUCCGUGGGGUUUUCCGGAAAGACCUGUAGAUCGAAUUUCCAGAGUUCCUAUGUGGGUAAAAGUUAUAGCAUAUGUAAUCGAACCAUUAAACCCACUUUGGCCAGUCAGAGUAGCUGGUCCAUUUGGACAAUGGUUAAUUGAAAAAACAAGGCCAGAUAUAGUAAAAAAAUUUGCACCUAUAUUAAAAGAUGAUACUGCUGUGAUUUCACAAUAUUUACAUCAGUGUAAUGCUCAAACACCGUCUGGUGAGAGUGCAUUUCAUGCAAUGAUGCAACAUUUUGGCUGGGCCAAAAAUCCUAUUGUUAAAAGAAUGGAUAAAUUAAAUCCAGAAAUUCCAAUAACUUUAUUAUAUGGUAGUCGAUCUUGGGUUGAUAAUUCAUCUUGGGAAACACUUAAGCAAGCUAGAGCAUCAUCUUAUAUUAAUGUUCAGGCUAUAACAGGAGCAGGACAUCAUGUUUAUGCUGAUAAAAGUGAAAUUUUCAAUAAAUAUGUAUUAGAAGCAUGUAAUCUAAGUGAUUCCAUAUCCCAUUUAACAGCAUCAGAUAUUCGAUCAAAGUCUAUAAAUGAACAACAAAUUUCAUUAAUUUUAACAAACGAGGAAGUUGAUUCUAAAACCGCGAAAGGACAAGAAUUGAACACGCCAUAAGCACGAUCUCGUUAAAAUUUAUUUAAAAUUUAAAAAGUAUAAAAUUUGAUGAUUGAAUCGUACUGUUUUGACUUUAAUUGCAGUCAAAUGACUGCAUGAAUUGUGUGAUUUAGAUUAGAUAUAUAUGUAUUGCAACGUACCAAACAAUAAUUACAUGUUGAUUAAUGUUAUUUAAUUAUUUUCUAAUUUAUGUUAUACUUUGUUAAUGCUGUAAUUUAUAAUUUCUUGAAUUGUUUCAAGAAUAAUGGAGCUCAAUUCUUAGUUUAAACUCAUUGAUUCAUCAUUUAUAUUUCUAAACAAUAGUUGAAUAUUAAAAUAUUUAAUUUUUUUUAUAAAUUUUAAUUUCUUCAUAAGAUUGUAUAUUUUAAUAAAAUAUAAAUAUAUUUUAAUAAAAA